ACAACUACUGCACCAACCACUACAACUGAAGCACCAACAACUACAACUACUGCACCAACCACUACAACUACUGCACCAACAACUACAACUACUGCACCAACAACUACAACUGACGCACCAACAACUACUGCACCAACAACUACAACUGAAGCGACUACAACUACUGCACCAACAACUACAACUGAAGCACCAACAACUACAACAACUACUGCACCAACAACUACAACUGACGCACCAACAACUACAACUGACGCACCAACAACUGCAACUGAAGCACCAACAACUGCAACUGAAGCACCAACAACUACAACUAUUGCACCAACAACUACAACUGAAGCACCAACAACUACAACUGACGCACCAACAACUACAACUGAAGCACCAACAACUACAACUGAAGCACCAACAACUACAACUAUUGCACCAACAACUACAACUGAAGCACCAACAACUACAACUAUUGCACCAACAACUACAACUGAAACAUCAACCACUACAACUGAAGCACCAACAACAACUACUCCACAAACAACUACAACUGUUGCACCAACAACUACUUCCUCAGCUUUUGCAAACAAAUCUCAAAGCACAACUACUCAACUACAUACAACCACAAUUUCAACAAAUGCUGCACCAUCAACCACUACAACUAUUCUAUUAACAGCUACUCCACCAAAAACCUCACCAAGAACUUUUCCAUCGACUACUCCAUCCCCAACCAAUACAAUUACAAGUGCUACAAAAUUACUAACAACAACUGCUCAUGCAAUUCUCAAUGUCAGGUUUUUUGGUAACCUGAGUACUACUCAAGUGGAACAUAUUAACAGGGGUCGCAGAUAGGCUGGAGCCAAUUUCAGCAUCUUAACCCGCAGGUGGGAUACACUCUGGAUGUAUGGCCAGUCCAUUGCACAGCACUUAGUUCUAAUUGUUUGUAGUAAUAAUCUUAACAAAAUUAAUCUUUAGAAAUGCUAAAAACCUAUAUAAUCUAACUUUACAGAAACCUUAGAUGUGUGCUAUACCUUUAACAAGACUAUUGCGAAUUCCAAUAAUCUAAGUACAUAGUGUUGAGAUACAUAUUCAUUUAUUAGUGCAAUAUUUAAUAAAGUUUUCGUCAUUGAUUCCUAUUGUUUAAAACAAAUAACCAAUGUAAAUUCUGUAAUGUAAGAUGUGCCAAGAUCCCUGCCUCUGUCUCCCCUCUCUCUCAUUUUGUAAUUAGUUCUGUGUCAUUCUAUUGUUGUCUUGUUCACCUUAUGUUUCCCUGCUGUUCUGUUACCCUUGUUUGUUGACAUGGACAUUCAUUUACUGUAGGCCACACACAUCUCCCUAUUUGUUGCCAUAGUUAUUCAUUAGGUCAUUGGUUUCCAGUCUGCUUUUAUGGAGCCACGAGUUGCAUUUUUGGGCUACUUUCAUAAUGUACUGUGGCCGCCAAAAUGUUUAUGUAUAUUCUAAGGAUAAGUGAAUACCUGGCAACUCAAGGACCGGAUGCAUUAUCAAAAGUUUGGAGGGUCUGCCAGGUACAGUACAGUGAGGGUCUUGCGAAGAUAAAUACGUUUCUCUUGCAUUUCCAUAAAGAAAUAUUUUUCUAUGAAGAAAAUCACAGGAUCUUUUUUUAUAGGUUUAGGGGUAUAACCAAAAAUGUUUCAGCACAGACUAAAAAACUAGGAAACCAUUCAAAUAAAUAAAUGUGGCAAUAGAAAAUUAUUUUUGUUUUGCAGCUGUUAACCUUGCACACGGGGAAAAAAUGGUCUACCUUUCAUUUAUUUUGGGCAGGUUUUGAGGGAUCAUUGGGCUGGAAAUAUGUCUAGGGCCUGGCAACCCUGUCCUAGUUUAUUUGUCUGUUAUUGAUGAGCAUGUCUGUUAGUGCCCUCGAUUAUCUGGCUCUCUGUUUUGUUCUUUUUGGAUUUAUUUUGCUAUACUUGUGACGCUUUGACCCUGUGGAUUAUUAUAAUAAAUCUGACUGUGCGUGGAUCAAAGCUCUCAGACCUCAUCAAACUUAAUUUGUUCCAAAGAUGAACAAAGGUCUUGAGGUUAUGGACUGACUUAGGGUGAAUAAUUCAUGACAGAAUUUUAAUUAUUUGGUGAACUAACACUUUUAAGCUAAUAGAUUUACUGUUAGCACAGUAUACAUUAGAUCUAAAUAUUGUGAUUAGAGAGCUGACAUCACACACACGCACGCACGCACGCACGC